CUAUUCUAACAUAUCGGAUAUUGAUGGUGAAUUUAGAGCAAUUGUCUAUUAUCUGUGUUUUAUAUUCCUUGCAAUAUAGAAUUGUAUAUUGUGUUUGAUAUUUCCCCAUCACAGAUAUUUUAGUGAUGACUACAUUUACAUAUUGGCAUGUGUUGAUUACGUUAGCAUUAAACUUUCACCUCUUCCCUGGCUUCUUGUGUUUAGUUGAUAUCACUUACCAUGUUGAAGAAGAACGCAAUACUGGAACCUAUGUUGGUGAUAUCGCAGCAGACUUUCUUCUUCUAAAUACGUCCCCAUACCAAGGUUCCCUCCAAACAACAUUUAACCAACUUCAGCAGAGGAAAUUUGGUUCUAAUCAACUGUUCAACGUGACUACUUCAGGUAAACUUCACACAGCUCGGAUAUUGGAUGCUGAGCAGCUGUGCAGUCCCAAAAAGGACUGUUAUACCAUCGUUAAAGUUGCUGUCCGACAGGCAGACAUGUUUAUGCGAAUUUUAAAAGUGAAAGUAAUCAUAGAAGAUGUUAAUGACCACCAUCCAGAAUUCCCAGAAAGACUUGAGAAUAUAGUUUAUUACGAAACAGAUGGAAUUGGUACAAUCAAAACUCUACCACAUGCCAUUGAUAGAGAUGUUGGAGUUGUGAAUUCAAAGAUAUCAUAUCAGUUAAGAAAUAAACCAGACUUACCAUUUACAUUGUCUGCAAGGAAAACCAUUACUGGUAGUUCUGAACUGGGAGUCAUUUUGGCAAGGAAAUUAGACAGAGAGGUUAAAGAUUCUUAUAAUAUGCAAGUUAUUGCCAAAGACGGAGGCUAUCCAUCGAAACAAGGUGUUUUAGAUGUGCACAUAUCUGUCAUAGACUUAAAUGAUAAUUCACCAGUAUUUAAUAAAGAUAUUUAUAACAUCUCAGUAAGGAACACGCAUCAAAGAAACAGGCCAAUUGCAAUGGUGUCUGCGAAAGAUUUAGAUUCGGGAGAAAAUGGUCAUGUUAGUUAUUUCUUCAGUUCGGAAACACCAGAGAAAGUGAAAACUUAUUUCAGACUCAAUCACAUGACAGGAGAGAUUUUUCUACAAGAAGCUUUCAGAAGAGCUAAAAAACAAAAUUAUGAACUAUUUAUCAUGGCUAAAGAUGGUGGGAAUCCUCCAAGAAGUUCUACAGCCAUUGUUUUAGUGAAUGUAAUUAAUGAAAGAAACAAUCCUCCUGAAAUUGAUAUCAACUUUGUUACUCAGAUAAAAGAGAACACGGCAGCCAUUUCUGAAGGAACCAAAGUUGGUAGUUUUAUAGCUUAUGUCAGUAUUAUUGAUAACGAUACUGGACAGAAUGGUGAGGUGGAAUGUAAGCUAGAGCAUGAUAAAUUCUUACUUUUAGAUUUAGGAUCAAAUGAAUUCAAAAUAACUUUAAAGAAAUCAGUGGACAGAGAGACACGAGAUCAUUAUGACAUUAGUAUUUCUUGUGAAGACAAAGGAACUCCUUCUUUGAAGACAGAGAGGAAAAUCUUCAUCCAAGUAACAGACAUCAACGAUGGUAAACCACAAUUUACCAAAGAUACAUUUAAAUUCCUCACCUAUGAGAAUGGUAUACCAAACUUUCCGAUUGGUUUCAUCAAUGCCACUGAUCAAGAUUUAGAAGCUGGCGGUCAGUUGUCUUAUAGAUUAAUUAGCAAUAAUAUAAACGGUAUACCGUUUCACGUUACGGAUUAUGGUUUCAUUUCAACGUCCAUAGUUUUGGACAGGGAACAACAGGAUGUCUAUAAGUUCAAGGUUUUUGUCAAAGACAAGGGAACGCCAUCACUGAACAACACUGCCAAUGUGGUUGUAGAGGUUUUAGAUGAGAACGAUAAUGCCCCUUAUUUUACAUUUCCUAGUGUUGACCCUUUCACUCUUGAUGUCCACUAUCAUCCCCAAAGUACCAGUGAAAUCACUGUGAUUAGAGCGUCUGAUAGAGACAGUCAUUUAAAUGCCUUCCUCAAAUACGGAAUACUUAACGGUAACAAUAAACAGUUGUUUACACUGAACUCUUUCACUGGUCAAUUGUCUUUCUCACGUCCACCUCAUCUCAACGAUGCUGGCUCAUACCAAUUGGUGCUUGUGGUCAAGGAUUCUGGUAGUCCAGUGUUGUCAGCCACAACUACUGUGUCUUUGAGUGUGACAGUCAGUAACAGGACAUCGUCCAUAAUGACAGCUACUCAGUUACAGCCCGAUGCAGCAAUAGACUUAACGUUAUUAAUUAUCAUUGUAGUAGCAGCUGUAAUAGUAUCUGUGGUGAUUGUAGUGUCCAUCACAUUGUGUAUUGUGAAAUGUAACUGUGGUCAGUCUAGAUCAAGGACCAGUAGGGCUGUUGACCAAACAAUUGUUUGUAACAGGGAAGGGCAUGAAGGGUUGGCACACAGUGCUAAAACACAAACUGGCACCAAACAACAGACAGAGGGGAGGAAUAGAAACACACAGAUUCUUGAACCAAAAUGUGAGUUCUAUCCACAAUAUGAAUCACAGAGUGAAUGGACGACAACAUUAACAUCAGAGAAGAGACCUCCAUCAGUUCUAUUGCUUCCGACUCGGCUGCCGAAACGAUAGGAUGUCAGUAUGCCACAGUGAAGGACCCUUAUCUGCGACAGAAGGCACAUACAUACAUGCACACAUACAGACACUGUGUAUACACACACACACAUAUAUAGAUAUACUUGCACAAAUGUACACACAGCACAUAUCCUCAAACAUACACACACUUACUCAUUCACACAUACA